AAAUUAGCCGGCGGAAAAAAAGACCGUACCAACUACCAUAUCAGCGCUACGGAGGGCAAAAUUACCCGUAAUAUCCCACGAUUCCCCGAAAAAAUGGUGGCAAUUCGACCACUCCGCACUAAUUCCAAUUCUAUCCUCUCUCUUGCCGCAAUUAUAACUUUCCCAGCCCCUACUUUCUCGCUCACUCCAUCACUCCACUCCACCGAUUCAUCUCUCACUUACCGCUGCUAUUCUCACUCGACUCGUUCCAGACUCGCUCCGAGACUCGCAAUAUGUAACUCGUCACUGGAUUUGAAACAUGAAGAGGCCUCCGUUCACCAAGACCUCACGCCUUCUAUUCCUGUCCGCGCUUUUCUCUUCUCCACAAGUGUGGAUUUGAAAGGUUUGGUGGAGCAAAACAAGCCCAAUUUUAUUCCACCUGCUUCACGAAUGACUAAUUACGUUGUUUUGAGGUUCGGAAACCUUAGGACUGAGCUCAAUGGUUUGUAUUCCAGUUUACGCGGAGAUGAAUGCUGUUUUAUGGUAGUUUUUCAAUAUGGUUCAGUAGUCUUGUUUAAUGUUCGUGAUCAUGAAAUUGAUGGGUACCUGAAACUCGUUAAAAAACAUGCUUCAGGGUUGCUACCUGAAACGAGAAAGGAUGAGUAUGAGGUGAAAGAGGAACCAAACUUAGUUACAUGGAUGCAAGGUGGGUUAGAUUAUAUAAUGUUGCAGUACCUAAACAUAGAUGGUAUCCGUACUAUUGGCAGUGUUCUUGGCCAGAGUAUUGCUCUUGAUUACUAUGUUCGCCAGUAUCAGGUUGAUGGAAUAGUUGCGGAAUUCACUGAUAUUAAUCGUGUGAUGGAAAAGACUGGAACUUUCACAAUGGAAAGGAAAAAAUUGUUCCAGUUAGUAGGAAAAGCAAAUUCAAACCUUGCUGAUGUCAUUAUUAAGCUUGGACUUUUUGAAAAGUCAGACAUUGCAUGGAAAGAUGCUAAAUAUGCUCAAAUUUGGGAAUAUCUAAGAGAUGAAUUUGAAUUGACUCAGAGAUUUGCAAGUCUUGAUUUUAAAUUGAAAUUUGUGGAGCAUAAUAUCCGCUUCCUUCAAGAGAUUCUUCAAAAUAGGAAAUCUGAUUUUCUGGAAUGGGUCAUUAUUAUAUUGAUAGGGGCUGAAAUUCUCAUAUCUGUUUAUGACCUUACCCACAAGUCCCUAGUCCUCUCUUUAUAACUGUAGACACGGAUAAUUCUGCAAUGGCAAACAACCUUAAGUCGUAUGUGAUAUGCAGAAUUAGAGUGCAUAUAUUCCAGGAGAACGGUUUGUGGAACCACUAGUUGGAAUCUUUUUGUUCCUUUGUAUCGUGAAUUAAUGUUCCAUGAUGCGAAGCUAGGAAUUUGCGUGUUCUGUCUUCUUAGCCCUGACUCCCUCACUGGUGAUCUCCAGGUCGACUACCCGAUGAUUCCAGGUGCUUGUGCGCUCUCAGUUGUAUGUGUGUAGCUGUGUACAUGUCGAUUCAUGCUUUACGGAAAUUUUGGGAUAAUUUACCCAUACAGCAUUUUGAUGGUGUAUUAUUUGAAUCAGAUUUUCUAAUAUAUUCUUUAAUAUACUUACUAUGUAGUCCGGAAUGGUUGUAAUUGUUUUAUCACCUAGAAUCUUUUUUCUUUUUUUUUUUGUCAGGUAUCACCUAGAAUCAUUGACUGUUAUAGACAUGCUGAUAAAUACUAGUUGAAGACUGACACCCUUGUUUGCAAGAUUUUGGAUUAUACAAUCUCGUAGUUUCUUUCAA